GUCUAGGCUGAGUGGCGUCUCCAUAGAUCGAUGAAGUUCUUGCAGUUCUUAACCAGUUAACCACCACUAAUUCAAUGUCAUUUUGCCUCGUCUAUUUGUAUAUUUCGUCUAAAAAUAUUUGUUUUAUAAAAUGACUGAAUUCUCAGCCACUGCCCGCUUGGCUUGGGCAGCGGCAAAUAGAAGGAUGGAAUCUCCACUUGUCAAUGACUAUAAGAAGCCAUUUAUUAUACGUCGACUCUUUGAGACCUUCCUUGGUGGCCUAAGGCUGUUUGGCUCAGAAGGUGCUCCACUUUAUGUGUAUCUUCUCCAGAUGCUCAUCUUUUCCAUGAUUCCCAUAUUUACCACACUGUUUGUGCUUCUGGAACACAAUGAGAUGAUAAGUUUGCAUCAGGCAGUGAUUAUCAGUGGUGUGUUGGAUGGUGUGUAUUCCUUGGUUCUGCAGCUUCUUGCUUACUUUCUUCGCACUCAAAAGUCAAAAUCAGGAGAAAUUGAACAGGUGAAUCUAGCAACAGAUGAGGAGGUAAUUGAAUUUGAUUCACCAUUUGGGCCAAAGACAUGGGAAUUUCUCAUCAAGGAGAAGAAAAUGAAAGGAGCCAUUGUUGUCCAUUCCAUCAUUGCUGGACUUGUUGGUGCUGGAGUUGUGUACUAUGUACGACCUUCCUCUACUUAUGAUUUUCAUGUACCAUGGCAAGCAUCUGUGACUUUUACUGUUUUGGGCAUCUUGACUGUGAGUGUUGGUAUAUGGCCACUGAUAGGAGGUAGCCCACCUGAACCUGCAGCAUUUCAUCCCCUCUCCUGGGACCUUCCUGCCUUCUCUCGUCCUUCUCACAUGUUGACAUGUGUCCUAAUACAUCUUCUGUUGAAACAUUACCCUGGUAUGCCCUGGCUAUUGGCAUUGGAUGGUUUGUUUCACAUGGUAUUUGUUAUGUGCCCAGUACUCUGGCUGUUCGGAAUACUACCACCUAUUGAUGCAUAUAUCUUGUGGCUACUGGAGCAGUGGUUAGUUGUUGGCCUCGCUUGGAUGAUCUCAUCCUUGCUACCUCACACAGUCAAGCUACUGACAGGGCUAUCUGGCAAGUAUGAAGAAUCUCAACCUGUGAAUGAUAAACAUUCUUUGCGUCGGACCACCUGUCAGCGUGAAUUAGCUUUGUUUGUGCCAAUGAUGAUGACUGUAGCUGGCCUGAGUUUUGGCUCACAGUUACCACACAGUGGCUGGUAUGAACAAGUUAUCAACAUGACACAAGAAGGAAACACCUCCAUGACAGGAAUACCACGUAGACCAGCACUUUUUCAGGUGCCUGCACAAAAAAGCGUGGGAAUAUGUCUUCUCAUCAUCACUGCAACAAUGCUUAUUGUAAAUGAAAUACAGAAGGUGUACAUACUGGGUUUUAAGAAAUCCAUGUUUAUUUACUACAAAACUUUUCAAAAUAGCAAUUUUUUAUAUAUUUACUCCCAGCUGCUUCAGAUAGGUUGCCCAUUAGUGCCAUUGAUAUUAUUGCACCAGGUAGUGUCUGCUGAGGUGCAUCUGCAGGUUGCAGCACCAAAGAGAAGCUUUGCAAAUUUAGUUCUCACAAUUCCACUUGCAAGAAUAUUCAGACAGGUAUGGCAGUUUCCUCAGGCAUCAUUCUUACAGCUCUCAGUGUUUUACAUAGUUGAGUUAAUCCGACGGGAAGCCAAUCUCUCUCUAGAAUUUUGGGAGAAUUUAUCCCCAGCUACACGGAUAUUUCUUAUAAGUCUUGGCCACCUAUGGGGUACAAGAAUGAUUCACAGACUAACAAGUAUUAUGCUGUUUAUGAUAACACCAUUCACAGAGAAGAAGCGACAUAAUUCCUUCAGCUUUCUACUUCUAGGGUUCAACAUUGGAAUAUCACCUAUUCUUCUGGGGAUUGUAAUACUGUCAACAGUGAUUUCAGCUCCCCUCCUGCCAAUCUUCACACUUCCCAUCUUCUUACUGGGGUUCCCACGGCCCCUGAGAUUCUGGUCAUAUCCUGUGGGUCGGUCCUCCAAUUCAUGUGAUGACUCAGUUUAUUAUGAGCAGCUGACUCCUCAUGUUAUAUUUGCUCUGCACAAUUUAUUACAGUGUGGAUCAUUAGGGAUGACAGAGCCUGGAGAGCAUUUUCUUCUGCGCUGGGAGGACAGAUUCAUGUGGGUUCAGAUUUUAGAAUGUGGCUUCACCUACCAGUACUAUAGUGUGAAAGGGCUUGAGCUGCAGGAAACAAGUUGCCAUACAACUGAAGCAUCAAGAGUUGAUGCCAACUUUAGCAGAGCAUUUGAUGAUGAAGAAGUAGCCAAGAAGGGGAUCCUGUCAUCAGUGUUCAACCCACAUGCAUUUCACACCCUUACUCCUCUCACACACUUCACUGUUAUGGGAUACUCAGACACAAGAAAUGUCUUAACUGGGGUUAUAGAUUCUCCAGAGACACGUGGGCUUGUUAAAGAUUAUUUUCAUAAAGCUUUUCUGUAUGUAGUAAUGAAUUAUAUUUUAAACAGAUCUGUUAAAACUUCAGAUAUAAAUAUUGAUGCAGAACCGAGGAAAUCUCUAAAGAGUGCAUCAAAAAAUGUAAGUCAAGAACACCUGAAAAGCUUGCCGAAAGUAGCCAAAAGAACUGAAUAUGAUUUUGAAGAAGGGUUUCCUCUAAACAGGACUCAAGUUGACAACCAUGGAAGGGAACAGCGAGCCUCAUUUGGUCGUCGUAUUUCUGCUUCUCAACAGUCUCAAAGCCAGAGUGGAAGGGGAAGCAGGGUAGCCUGGGUUGAGGACCACAUACUAAGUGACCCAAUUCCAAUUGUGCGCACUGGAGAUACACCUCCACUUACCUCCAAUUGGGAUGAUGAGGAUGAUUCACUCAAUGAAAAUGAUGAAGAGGCCAUGAACAUCAAGAACAAGAAUGAAGAGCCUCCUCCAUUACGUUCAAGAGUUGUGGACUCCCUGUCCUCUCUGGAAGAUUUAACAGAGACUGACAAGAAAGUUAAUUUCAUUCCAGGUCUCAUGUAUGAUUCCUCUGAUGAAGAAAACACUAAUGCCAAAAAUAAGGCCACAAAUAAAGCCUCAGCCAGAGUCAAUCUGAGAAUGAUAGCUCAACCCGAAAUUCGUUCACCAAUUUAUGAGAGUCCCAUUAGUGCUGCCUUGGCUCCUUUACCUAACUGGAUAGUUGAGCUCCCAUUUGAUGAGGAAGUAAUAGAUGAGGUUCAGGAUACAUUUCCACAUGCAUGGUUCAAAUUUCUUCUCAACACUCUUGGCCACUUGUAUGUGGAGACUUUAGAUGAAAAAAAUUCGACCCCUAGUGGCAAAGCUUCUAGCACUUCAAACAAUUCUGACCCUUCUAGCGGUAAACCUGGAGGAGAUAAAGAAGUUGUUAUCCAGAGAAUGCAAUACGAUGAAACUUUGGAGGAGUCUUAUAGGCUGCUUAUUGGUACUUGUCACUUGAUUGUCCUGGGAGCUGAUAGUGUUACUCCAACAACAGCUCAAGUAUACAAGACCUUUAUUGGAGAGUUGUCCUGGUCUAUGGCUCUUGAGUGGCUUGUAAGCAAGCAGAUUUUAUAUGAAUUAGUUCUUACAGCAUUCAGAAUUGGUGUUAAACUUGCACUUGACCAUACAUUAAUUGGAGGAAUGACUGGAUGGGCAGAGCUUCAUUCAACUAUGGAAGAUUAUACCCAAAAUUGGUACCUUGGACCCGAUGCCAGAGUGAGUGAUAAUACUCACUCUCACUCAGGCCUGUCUCCAGAUGCUGCUCAUAGACACAUUUUGCAUAAUGUGGAAAACAAAUGGCCACACUCAUGGGUAGAUGCAGUUAGGAUGGAGACGUCAAAUCUUUUUUCUUUAGGCUACAAUUCUGUUAAGGGUGUAUACACAUCACAUCUUUUGACCCUUGGGGAAGCAGAUAUAGCUGUUGGACGACUGGGGUGUGAGACUGUAAGAGGUCUGUGGGCAUCUCUGGUUGCUGAGCUGCUAUACCUCACCAACGACGAUGAUGAACGAUACUCCAUACAGGCUCAGCCAGGUCUGUUACGUAAUUUAACUAUUCAAGCUGCAGAUCCUCCUCUUGGGUAUCCAAUCUUUUCUACCCCACCUCUACGCCUGGCUGUUGUCUGGCUCAAUGCUACCUAUGAAGAGGUGCAUUCUGCUGAACAAGAGAGAAAACAGCACUAGUAGUGAUUUGUAUUUCCAGUGUUAAACAUUUCUAAAGAUUAUUAAUACAAUAAAUCAAUCUAGUUUUGUGAGUCUCUGCUCAAGUUACAUGUCAAGACUUACAGAUUCCCAUCUCAACAACUGUUUGCAAACUGUUCCUUAUCCUAUAUUAUGAUCAUCAGGGAAAGAUAUUCGUUUUAAAAUAUCGAAGUCAUGUAGUAAAUUAUCAAUAAGUAUUAUGUUUUUAUUUUGUUUCUUUUAAAUGUUGUGUAUGCAUUGUGAUCAUAGAAAAAAUAUUGUCAUUUUCUAGUUCGUUUAUAAUUUACUGAACUUGCUUUUGUGUUUUCACAUUGGCUUUACAGUUUAAAACAGGUUGAGGUCUCCUGCCUUAGAAUUAUACAGCAUAAUGUGAUUUUGCAAUUACUUUACAUAUACAGUUUGGCAUAUUUUUAUAUGGUGUAUAGGGGUGGAAGGAUUUGCUUAUGGUUAAUAUCUGUAAUGUGUUUAGAAAAAAUUCAAAUACUGCAUAUGCAAUUACAUUAAAACUGUUAUACAAUGUUUUGCUCUUCACCCUUGUAACCAUAUGGUGGCACAAGCAAUUUGUGACAUAAACAUCGCCUCAAACCUCCUAGUGCAUUUUUACUAUCACAUUUUUUAAGGCUUUAAAGUUGUAUUUGCACAAUCCGCACCAAGAUUUUAUUUUUCUACAGGGGCUCAGUUGUUUUUUCUACUUAUCAUGUGGCCCUCGUGAUACCAUAUUCACUCGUGUAUAUAGUAUAAUAUAUUUAUUUAUUUAUUUAUUGAGAAAUGUGAUUUGGGUUAUUUUUACAAUACUCUUAUGAAAUUAUUUCAGAAUUGGUGUGUAUGUGCCUUAGAGUAAUGUUAUAUACAGUACUGUAUGAAUUUUAGCCAUGUAGUCCUCUAGUUAGAGUUUUAAGAUCUAAUAAUAGUUUAUAUUUUUAUAGAAGUGUGGAAGUGUUUGAGAUUGAUCUCUCACGUGAUCUUAGAAAAAUCACUUCAAAAUUAGUAGGUAUGUGCUUUAGCAUUGUGUCAUAUGUUGUAGUCCUUAACAGUUUCAAAAAUAUUAGUAGUUGAAAUUUGUAAAGGUAAAAUUGAGUACAUCAACAAGGUGAGGUACAUGAGACUUCAGAGCAGUGGAUACUUUUAUUAAUAAUAAUGUUUUUCCCACCUUGAGGUUUUGUUACUGAUUUAAAGGCCCUACAAGAAUAAAAUAUUGCCAUUAGUAAAGGUAUCCACUGCAUUAAGGAGAGAGGGCAUGAGAUAUGGGCCUUUAAAUUGUAGAAGGAAUAGUUAUAGUAUGCUGUGAGUUUUAGUUUUUACUGUACCAAGAGUCAGUUCAAGGGAUACUUUGAUGCUGGUGAAAAGCUCUUGAUCCAAAGAAUUGCCACUAUUUUCUUCCUCAGAUCAAACCUGAUUACCUCCCAUUUUCCCAGGUGCUGUAUGACCCACACAAAUUUACUCCUCCAUUCCUCCCUAAUAGUGUAAUAAAAACAAACUAGGGGUCUCAAUAAUGUAGAUAUAAUUAACUAGUUUUGUGUGUAGCAUAUAUGUAUGUUUAUUGGUACUUGUCAGAUAAAUUUUUUUAACUUUCUUAAAGAUUUGGUAGAGUAUUGUGAAGACAUCUGUUUUGGAACAAUUCUGUGAUAGUAAAAUUAUUGUGAUAUAAUUAUGACUCAUAGAAGCGAUUUAUAAUUAUUAGUGAAUUGAAUAGUAUAAUAAGCAGUUGAUACAGGAUACUCUGUAUUAUUUAUUAAUAUUUUUAUAUAUUUAGUUUACUUAUAAAUCACCCAAACCUUACAAAUACACCUAAUAAAUGUUAAUAUAUGAA